AAUGUUGCUGCAGCCGGAGCCGGCCGCGUUUGUUGGGCUGAGGCGAAAGCGCAGAGAGGUGCUGAAGCGAGGACUCCGGAGUCUACCCCACCCCCGCUCCUGAGCCGUCUGAGGGCGGGGCCUAAGAGGAAGGAGGCACAGAGGUGGCAGAGCAUCUCUCUCCUAGGCAGGCAGGCACUGGGGUCUAGCUAGCUGCAGAAGAACAGGCCAGCCUGCCAACGCGCGCUUGCUCGGACAGGUCGAAGACGCUGCAGGAAGAAGAGAAGCUGCCUCCCGCCUUGAGGGUUUGCGCGUAAGGGGACCUCAGUGAGGCAGAGCUGAGGAUGCUCUUACUUAGCUCAGAAUUCCUGCUCCUGCCUAUCCUUCUGGGGUUAGUGUAUGCAGCUCCUGCUUCAGAUGGGGAUAGAGAAGAGCAGCCUGAAGAGGUAAUGCUGAGCUUUCCCAGGGAUGAAGCCAGUCUGAAUGAAAUGUUCCGUGAAGUAGAAGAACUGAUGGAAGAUACUCAGUACAAGCUGAGGAACGCAGUCAAAGAGAUGGAGGCAGAGGAAGAAGGUUCUAAAAGGAUAGCUGGAAAUGACUUUAAGAACCUACCACCCAACUACCAUAAUGAAUCCUCGACAGAUAAAAAAAUUGGAAAUAAAACCAUCCAUACUCACCUAGAAAUUAAUAAGGCGACGGAUAACAGAACUGGAUCUACUAGCUAUUCUGAAACAGUUAUUACAUCAAUACAAGAAGGAGAAAGCAAGAGGAAUCAUGAGUGCAUUAUUGAUGAAGACUGUGAAAGUGGAAAUUAUUGUGAAUUCUCUGGUUUGGAGUACAAGUGUCAUGUCUGCAAAGCCGAACACACACAUUGUUCUCGAGAUGUGGAGUGCUGUGGACACGAGCUCUGUGUCUGGGGUGAAUGCAUGAAAGCUGCCUCAAGAGGAGAAAAUGGAACCAUUUGUGAAAACCAGAAUGACUGCAAUUCUGGAAUGUGCUGUGCUUUUUCAAAAGAUCUUCUAUUUCCUGUGUGUACUCCAUUACCGGGAUCAGGAGAACCUUGCUAUGAUCCUUCAAAUCGGUUCCUCAAUCUAAUUACAUGGGAGCUGGAGCCAGACGGAGCCCUUGACCGCUGCCCGUGUUCACGUGGGUUGAUUUGUCAGAUGCAGAGCUACAGCAGUGAUUCUCUCUGUGAACUAUCCUUCAAUAAGACCCAAAAUGAGGAUAAGGAGAAAACUUGGCUAGCAGAUGAAAUAUCACUUCUGGAUUUUGUAACACAGGACAUUCCUGGAGACUAUGAAGAGAAACUGAUGAAAGAAAUGCAGGGAGGUUUGGAAGGCUUGGAGGAAGAAACCAUUGAACCAAAGGAACUGGACUGGGCUAGCGAUGUGCUUUUUGGAGAUGAAAUGUAAAUUAAUGAAGCCAGUUAAUUUGUCACUUGCAUACUUCUAGAUAUUGAGAUAGCAUCUUGUUUUUAUAUCAGCCCUAAAGCCAAACACACUCCUGAAUAGAAGUGCAAUAAUUAAAGAUAUAUUUUCCAUAGUUCUCUCCCACUGCUCUGCAUGAUCAGAAGAUAUAUUUUUCUUUCUAAUGCUCAAAUCAAAUUUUACACUGACAUAUCAAACAUGGUAAUGGCUUCCUUGAUGGACAAGCUAUUUGAGUUUCAUGCUUUGAACUUGUUAAUGGACAGAUUAAUUUAAAUCUAUUUAAGAUUAUUGAAUUGAUCUCUGCAUUUUCUGUAUAUAUUGUUUGUUGUCUUCAAAAUGUUAAGAAAGCAUCUUGAUAUGGUAGACUGGGCAGUGAUCUUUAUGUAUACUUUCCUUUUAAAAAAAUUCAUCAAAUUAAAUUGCAAUGAAACAAUUAUGUACUUAAAAAACAAAACAAAAUGUAACCUUAGUGCCUUAGACUUUCACAUGAAGUAACAAGUAAACAAGCAUCUGCAUGUUUUCUGUGUUGAAAAACAAGUGUCAUUAUGGAUCAUUUUAAGUGAUAUGGUGCUAUAAUGUUAAAUGAAGGGUAGAAAUUAUUUUUUCCUUUGCAUAGAUCUCUUUCCACCCUCUCUUGGAAGCAAAUGCUACAGGCCAUUAUGUCAUGCAGGGCUGCACAGCUUCAGUCCUCCAGCUGUUCUUGGAUUACAACUCUCAUCAUCCCUAGCUACACUAGCCAGUAAGAGAUCAUGGGAGUUGUAGUCAAACAUCUGCAGCAGCAUCACAUUUGUGCAGCCCAGAUGUAAUAUAUACAAGAUAAACUUCUCUUUCUGCUUCUCUCCUUCAAUUUAACAGUUGUAGUGAUUGAAAUUGUGUGGAUCCUGCUGUCUUCAGUAGGAAAGAUUAAAUAUUUAUUCUGAUGAA